UGGGAGGGUCCAGAUGUUGUCGAGCCAGGUCUCCAGAUGUGAAGAAAACAACGACAGUCUUUCUUGUAAAUAAUAAGUGCGACAACGAUGUCGAGGCGUGUGUGAAAUCGAGUAACUGCCAAAUUUUAUAGUGAAAGAAAAGCAACGCCUUUUGUUGCUAAGUUUCCGGUGACAGAGGGAGGACGUCUGGCGACGGCAGAUCGACACUGCAAGUUCAGGAUCUCCAGGCUCGGCUAAAGAAACGGAGGCUUCGGUGGACAAGUCGAGAGAAGCGGAUGGGUCAAGAGCCCUCCCCGGGCUUCUUCUGAUCUUUAGUUUUAUUACUAAUGGGGGAAAAGGCGAAGCUGCUUUACCGUCAAGAAGUCUUCUCCAACGAGCUGCGGAUUUGUUAAAUAAAACCAAUCCGGGGGGAAGCAAAAGAAUGGGAGUGGAAUCAACAGGCUGCCUCUGACCCGCACACGCACCCCGCUACCGAAACGUUCGGGAGGAUAUGAGCAACUUUCAUUUUUUUCUUCUUCUUCUACACCCACGUGAGAUUUUCCGCUUGAUCUGGGUGUACAUUCUGGUUUCAAAGCAGAACCGGCAUUUUAGCUUAGAAAACUCCGCGCCGUGGAUGGUGUCUGGUGUGGUUUCAUUUUAAACUUGUCUAACAAGUAACGCGGCGCUGGAUGGUUUGCUGGUUUUAUAUGUGGUUACUUUUUAACAUUCCAACUUUUUAAAAUACUAUUUGUGGAACAUUAUAUAUUUUUAUUUAUUUAUUUUUUUUAAUCAAACAACAACAAUCCAGCAAAAAAGAAAAUCCAAUGUCAGCCUGCAGCAAUUCCUCUCCGCCAUCCUUUCAAAAAUCCUAUCCCCAGUCUCAGAAUCCUGCAGCCCCGCCGACUCCCUCUCCAUCCCCCAGUCCCCCGGCUGCUUUACACAGCCGCCUGUCCAACGGGAGUCUCAGUGCACCGAGUCCAACCAAUUCCCGGGGUUCCUUCCAUGGAGUCUCAUUCCUGCUUCAGAUCGGACUCACUAGGGAGACCGUAACCAUCGAGGCUCAGGAUCUGUCUCUUUCAGCGGUGAAAGAUCUCGUCUGCUCCAUCGUGGACCAGAAGUUCCCGGAGUGUGGUUUCUUUGGCAUGUACGACAAAAUCUUACUCUUUCGUCAUGACCUGAACUCUGAAAACAUACUGCAGAGGCUAACUGCAGCAGAAGAUAUUCAUGAGGGAGACCUGAUUGAAGUUGUUCUCUCUGCUUUGGCCACAGUUGAAGAUUUCCAGAUUCGCCCUCAUACCCUUUAUGUCCACUCCUACAAAGCACCCACCUUUUGUGACUACUGCGGGGAGAUGCUGUGGGGUCUAGUCCGACAAGGCCUGAAAUGUGAAGGGUGUGGUUUGAAUUAUCACAAAAGAUGUGCUUUUAAAAUACCUAACAACUGCAGUGGAGUGAGAAAAAGAAGAUUGUCCAAUGUCUCAUUGCCAGGACCUGGGCUCUCUGUGCCAAGGCCGGCACCUAUUGAACAUGCACCUGUGUCCACUGAAGAGCGCUCUCACCAGGAACCUGGCAAACGCAUCCCCUCCUGGAGUGGCCGUCCUAUCUGGAUGGAAAAAAUGGUCCUGGGGCGUGUUAAAGUUCCUCACACAUUUGUUGUGCACUCCUACACACGGCCCACAAUCUGUCAGUAUUGCAAGCGUUUGCUCAAAGGACUCUUCCGACAAGGAAUGCAAUGCAAAGAUUGUAAGUUUAAUUGCCACAAGCGAUGUGCAUCCAAAGUGCCGAGAGACUGCCUUGGUGAAGUUGUCUUUAAUGGAGAGCCUGCAAGUCCAGGUCCAGAUUCAGAUAUGCCAAUGGAAGUAGACAGCAGUGACAUGAAUAGUGAUGGUAGUAGGGGUCUUGAUGACUCGGAGGAAGCCUCUACUCCAGAAGACAAAAUAUUUUUCAUGGAUUCUCCUGAUCUUGAUGGAGAUAAAGAUGAAGAACCAGUGAAAACCAUUAGCCCAUCUACAAGUAGCUAUAUUCCUUUGAUGAGAGUUGUUCAAUCUGUAAAGCACACAAAAAGGAAGAGUAGCACCAUGGUACGAGAAGGCUGGAUGGUCCACUAUACUAGCCGAGAUAAUUUGAGGAAGAGACAUUACUGGAGGUUGGAUAGCAAGUCUCUAACCCUUUUUCAAAAUGAAACUGGCACUAAAUAUUAUAAGGAAAUACCACUGUCUGAAAUCCUCCAAGUGGACCCAGCUCGAGACUUUGCUAAUCUGGCACAAGGCAGCAAUCCUCAUUGCUUUGAGAUCAUUACUGACACCAUGGUGUAUUAUGUUGGUGAAAAUAAUGGCGGGAACUACCAGAAUCCUGUGUUGGCUGCCUCGGGAGUGGGACUGGAGGUGGCCCAGAGUUGGGAGAAGGCCAUUCGGCAAGCUCUGAUGCCCGUGACCCCUCAAGCUAGUGUGUGCACAGUUGCGGGGCAAGGAAAAGAUCACAAGGAGCUCUCGAUCAGCAUAUCUGUUUCCAACUACCAGAUUCAGGAGAAUGUGGAUAUAAGCUCUGUAUAUCAGAUAUUUGCAGAUGAAGUUUUGGGAUCUGGACAGUUUGGAAUUGUAUAUGGAGGAAAGCACAGAAAAACUGGUAGAGAUGUUGCAAUUAAAGUGAUCGAUAAAAUGAGAUUCCCAACGAAACAGGAAAGUCAGCUGAGAAAUGAAGUUGCUAUUUUACAGAAUCUUCACCAUCCUGGAAUUGUGAACCUUGAGUGCAUGUUUGAAACACCAGAGAGAGUCUUUGUUGUCAUGGAAAAGCUGCACGGAGAUAUGCUUGAGAUGAUACUCUCCAGUGAAAAAAGCCGUCUGCCUGAAAGAAUCACUAAGUUUUUAGUCACACAGAUUCUAGUGGCAUUAAGGCACUUGCAUUUCAAGAACAUAGUGCACUGUGACUUGAAACCAGAAAAUGUACUACUUGCAUCUGCUGAGCCAUUUCCACAGGUAAAGUUGUGUGAUUUUGGCUUUGCACGCAUCAUUGGAGAAAAGUCUUUCAGGCGCUCCGUUGUGGGCACUCCAGCUUAUCUCGCUCCAGAGGUCCUGAGAAGUAAAGGUUACAACCGCUCCUUGGACAUGUGGUCUGUGGGUGUCAUCAUAUACGUCAGCCUCAGUGGCACAUUUCCUUUCAAUGAGGAUGAGGACAUUAAUGACCAGAUUCAAAAUGCAGCAUUUAUGUACCCACCAAAUCCAUGGAAAGAAAUAUCCAGUGAAGCAAACGAUUUAAUAAAUAAUCUACUCCAAGUUAAAAUGAGGAAGAGGUACAGUGUGGACAAGUCUCUCAGUCACCCAUGGUUACAGGAUUACCAGACCUGGUUGGAUCUCAGGGAAUUUGAGACUCGAAUAGGCGAGCGAUACAUAACUCAUGAGAGUGACGAUGCCCGGUGGGAGGAAUAUGCAGACCAGCACAACCUUGCAUAUCCCAAGCAUUUCAUUAUGGCUCCUAACCUAGAUGACAUGGAGGAAGACCCAUAAAGUUUGCAGAAGAAGACAAUACUGAUUCCAAGGCUAUGCUUUAAGAAUGGGGAUUCUUAUUCUCAUAUAGAGUACUGCUAAAGAACUGGGGUUCCUCUUCUCAACAGUUUUCUAAAGCAAGAUGAAUGUGAUUUUUUUUUGGAAAAAAAAAAAAACAAACUAAGAAACAGAGGAUUUUUACUCUCAUCAGACAUCUGGAGAACAUGCUCAAUGAUGAAGCUGGGAACCACAGGUGAAAAGCGAACAGUUCACGCAGACUUUCUGUUGGAGGACAGUAUCUGGACUUAGCUGUCCACAGCAGAAGGAAUAAGGGGAGCGACUGCAGGAAGACCCCUCAGUGAGCUGGGUGUGUUGGUUGACUGAAGGAUAUCGGUGUCAAGAGUUUCAUAUUAUUUAUGAUUAAAUGAUUUUAAACACCAGGUAUAAGACAUCUUAACCCUUAUAAGUACCUCUUUUAACUUGCCUUUAGGAAAGCCUUGAAUUGCCAGUGUGGUGAACUGUGAAUUAAAAAAAUAGGAGUUUUUAGCUUGUAUGAUUUUUUUUAUUAUUAUUAUUAUUAUUUUCUUCAAGAAAUAAAUCAAGAACUUGAAUGGAGAAAAAAAAGAGGUGAGGGCUAUGAUCAAGCAUACAAUAUUAACGAAAAAAAAGUUGCCUUUAACUUUUCAGUACAAAAUCCAGAAAGAAGAAUCCAUCCAAUGAUGGUUUAAAAAAAAUGAAAAAACUUGAUUUAUAUUAUUGUAUUUUUUUAGAAUUCAUUUUUCAUUCCUUAUUACUGCAAGGAACUUUUAACAUAUUUAGACAAUCAAAUAAGUGUUUUUUGCCCCAAAUUGUUUCUUGUGAAACAAUUGAACUGGAACUCAUGUUAUGCUAUUAUUUUGCAUACAAUUUGAUUAUGUUAUCGGACUUGUGUUUGUCAGUUUAUUGUUUUGCACUAUAGGUAUGCUUAACCAGUGGUUUUAUUUUAUUAUUUUUGGGAGCGGGUUGGGAUGAAGAUAACUGCAAGAUAAAGUUCUAACAGCUGCUACUUAUAUUGUGUAACAGUUCCUUGAAAGGCAGAUAAUGCUAAAAAGAUAUCACGAAAAAAGGGACUGUUGUUAUGAUUUGUGGUGCGAUAAACUCGAUUCAGACCAUACAGUAUUUAUUAUAAAGGGCCGUCUCCUGAACAGGCAGGGCUUUGUGAAAAGCAAAGAAUGCAUUUUUUUUUUUAUUUUUUGUUAGGUGGUCUCUGCUUUGCAGUCCACCCUGGGUAAACUGAUGAGCAUUUGAUGAUUGAAACAAGGUUAGGAAGCAAAUGGGCCUUCCUCGUCCAUUUGAUGCCAUUGUAAUACUUUAUCACUGAAAUCAUUAAUGACUAGUUAAACCAUUAGUAAAUUUCUUCUUAAACGGAAAAAGAAGUGACUUGGUUCACUAGGAGUGAUUCUACAAAGUAUGAUAUUUAUCAAAAACGUUACGGCUUUAAUAAUUGCCAUUUUUUGUGAUUGAUCCAGUUCAUGCUCAUCAUUUAAAAUGAAUUAUCUCAGCUACUUCAACAAAUUGAUGCUGAAAACAUGGCUUACCCUUUUUUAUUUAAAACCGUUUUAUAAAACUGUUUUAUCUUCAGUGAAUAGGCAGAAACCUGUCUUAAAAUUACUUGAUGGCACAACACAUGAACCAAAAAUCAAAAUGUCAGGGUGUUUGAUGUUUGCAUUUUGUCUGUUUUCUUCUAGAACACAUACACCAGUCUGGUAGCUGCCAUUUGUUUUUGUGUAUCAAGGUGUUAACAUUUAGUACAGUUACAGCACUUCAGAUAUAAGUUUUCGAGAAGAUGAAAUGAAAUAAAAUGCUGUAUCUUUUUAAAGAAGAAGAUAUUUUAGGGAAAAAAGGCACAGCAUGAAAGAAACAGAACAACAUGGAUGAAACACACUACCAGGAGCGUAAGAAACGUAAUCCUUCGUCUUUUAGCUCAGAUUUUCUCGACUUGGUUUUUCAAAGUGUUCUAUAUGAAUUUAAUCUAGGUAGUGGCCUCCGAAGUAGCUUAUAAUGCGAAAAAUCUCCAGGAUUUCAUGAAGGUCUUUUUAGAAUAUGAACAUUUCAUUGUUUAUGUCAAUAGGUCGCAACAUGAGUACCAUUUUUUUUAGCUUUAAAUUUUAUUUCCAUGCCGUAUUGUCAAGCAUGCCAGAGUGAUCAUGAUUUUCUCUCACAGUCAAUCCUAAAGACAAUUUUUCUUUCAAUAAGCAUGUUUCUAAUAUACUUCACAUUCAAAAAUUCUAGUCAUGUUACACCAGCAACUUUGGGAAGCCCCUCAUUCCAAACACAGCCAACUAGCUGAAGCGUCGUCGUUUUAGAAAAUAACAGUGGCUCUCAUUUCUGUCACAGUGAUUUUUUGUUUUUGUGUUGUUGUCGCACACCAACUUCCAAAAAGGCAAAGCCUGGCCUUCUUCCUACUUCAUAUGCAUGAAUGUCUGAAGAGUUUUCCAUUUUCUUCUGAUGUUUGUUUAGGUCCUUUUGGGGAAAGGCUUGUGACAUGGUACGUAUGCAUCAACAAUCAUGGCAACGCUCAAGUCGGACACAACUUCGCAAAUUUACCAAUAAACUAGUAGUAGGGGGUAUCCAUUAUGGAUGCAAUGAGAAGUCAAGCAAAAUGCCACCUUUUAUUGGCUCACUGAACAGAUUACAAUAUUCAAGCUUUCGAGGCAACUCAAGCCCCCUCUUCAGGCAAAAUGUAAUGAAUAGUAAAUAAAUUAAGCAUCAAAAUCCUGGAGUUCUUUUGAAAUGACCCGGUAUCUGAUAUUCUUUUCAUUUGUUUUAUGUUCUGCUUGUCCUCGAUACACAAAAAAGAUUUGUGAUGAUUUUGCAGUAAGAUGUUGGUAAACCAUAAAUGUUGAUUUCAAACAACAAAUCUGGGAAGUUGUGUUGUGUAAAAAAACAAACAAACUUUGACAUCAGUGUCUGUAGAAACAAUUUCCUACUGGGUUGAUGUAAAAAUGCCUGUGCUAAAGUUCUACAAAUACUAAGAUGGAAAUGUAGCAUGAAGCUUCUCUUCAUAAAAACGACUUACCUCCUAAUAAUACAAAAAAAAAAAAUCAGUCUGAACAUUAGGAUUUUAAAAAGAAGUAAAUAUUGUUUGAUUACGAUUGUCUAGUGGACUCCACUAGGGGUAAAACCAGUAAGCCAUAUUAUUACUCAACAAGUCAAGAGUGAAUAAAGGUUUGCUCUAAUUUUGAUAACUCUCUCUCGGUACUCUGUUACAGCUUCUCUCCCCAUUUCAUUUACGAGAUUCUGCCAGCUUCACUUUCAAACAGUGUUCUGUAACUACCAUUUCUCAGACAUUCAGUUGCCUUUGCUAACUUUGGUGUUACAGUUUGUUUUUGCAGACCCACUAUAUGCUGCAAGUCCUUAAUGAACACUGUGCUUUGCUCUUCCAUUGUUCCUUUAGCUUCUCAUCUCAUUUUCCACAUAGUAUCUGUUGGGUUUUUUUCUUUGAUUAGUGUCCAUGUAAACUAAAAUGAAAAGUGCCUUAUAUGUGUGCUGGGUAACUAAAAAAAAUGUGCUGCAAUGAAAUUUUAAAACAAGAGGAAAUAAGUGACUUGGAUGUGAGUGCAAUUUUUAUUUUAUUUUUUUAUAGAGUGGUUACAGGAUUUUGGGCUGUGCUUUAAUAAUCAUACUAUGUAAGUCCCAUUAUGAUUUUCUACCAGAGUUCUAUGUUAAAACUAGCAGCAAUCUGGGAAUGACAUCAGAGUAUUUUCUCUGCAUUUGACAAUGGCUGCAUUUGUGAGUUAUGUGUAUGACUGAAUUCAAGCUAAAAGCCAACCUCUUUCCAUUCCAUUGUAGGUUUUAAAAAAGUGCAAUUACUGCAAAAUGCCUUUUCUAUUUUGUAAGUUAUAUGGCUUGACAUAGUCUGCCAUUGUGGUGAUUUUGUCAAGGGGCUGCACUAUGUGUGGCCAAACAUAAAAUGAUGAUACUGAUGACGUAAAACAUGAGAAAGAAACCCUGACUCAGGUUCUCUGUGUGCUGGAAUCCAUCAGGUUGCACAUUUUUGUAUCCUUUCUCUAUAAACAUACUUAAGUACUAUGUGUGCCUAGCUGUCCAUUUUAUAGCUUUCUACAAUUAAAAAAAUCAACAAUACCAAGAAAUGUGACAGUGUUAUAAAUUUUCUAAAGCUUGCAUCAUGCGUAAAUGUCAGGAUGGUCGUGCAGUUUUAAAUUGAUUUUAUUUUGCGGAUAAUUUGUUUGUGAAACAAUCACCAUGUCAGUUGUAAUAAUUGUGCUGUAACUGAGUUCUGUAAAUUAUACAAUUGAUAAAACAAUUAAAAAGAUUAAAAACAAGCAGAUAACAUGCAGCAGAUGAUGAUGUCUUAAUGCCAGCAAAUGCCGAUAACUGUUUAAAAAUUACCCUUCAACGGGCUUACUGUGCUUGCAGUUGCUUGAAUCGAGGUAACAAAAAUGAAGCAUUUCAUUAAAUAUGCUGUUUGAUGUCAGUCUGGAUGAGGUAGCAGAAUCAAGAGACUAACACGUAAAGCUUAUAUGACUGUGUACCUGUUAAUUUAAUAAAACUGAAGAAAAAGGAGAACUGUUAUCAGCCUGUGUUUAUAGUUAAUAACUGAAUGUGUAUUCCACCAUGUUAAUUACUUUAUUUUGCAUUUUGUGUCUGUUGGACUAUUUGCAAUAUUAUAAGGGCUCUUUAAUCCCUUCUGUCUGGUCAGCUCAUUUGAAUUACAAACAAGUGUCUUAAAAAUUGUUAUGUCAAGUUUUUAACGGUGUAAAUGACCAAACUUUAUGAAACUGGUAAUGAGCAAUCAGUUACUUCCCCCCCCCCCCACCCAAGAAGCAUUUCAAAAUCAGUGUUGCCACUGGCCUGGCGGGUGUCUUAUAAAGUGUUUUGUAUAUUUUAGUACCAACUGAUUAAUAAAACUCUAAAUAUCUUUAUA